UCACUUGACCUUUGAUUUGAUUGCGAUCCCUUCUGCUCGAAGAUGGCGCCGGCGUUGAGCAAGCUUCUUUCCAGCAAGGUUUCUGCCGGAGUCGUUGCCGGUGCCUUCUUAGUUCACAUGCUUCAGAGGAAUCGUAAAAAGAAACAAAUACGCCGAGUACAAAGUGUGGCUGAUUUGCCAGCAUCUGUAGAUGAACAGCCCAUUGUUAAGAAGAGCCAGAAAGAUCGUGCUGCGGUCGAUCUUGUUUUCUUCAAGCGUCUGCUCCAAGUCCUCAAGGUUCUCAUCCCAGGAUGGUUUUCGGCAGAAGUUGGUUAUCUUGCCCUGGUGGCAUUUGCCCUGAUGGCUCGGACCUACUGCGAUGUCUGGAUGAUCCAGAACGGAACAGCCAUCGAAAGUUCAAUAAUUGGUCGGGACAUCAACCUUUUCAAGAAGUACCUUCUCAACUUCAUCUAUGCUAUGCCUGCAAUUUCUCUCAUCAACAACCUGCUGAAGUACGGUCUAAACGAGGUCAAACUUCGGUUCAGAACACGGCUGACCUCCCAUCUGUACGAGCAGUAUCUGAUGGGAUUCACGUACUACAAGAUGAGUAACCUUGACAACCGCAUCGCUAAUGCUGACCAGCUCCUCACCCAGGACGUGGAGAGGUUCUGCAACAGUGUAGCGGAUCUCUACUCCAAUCUCAGCAAGCCUGUGUUAGACAUUCUUAUCUACAUCCGUGAGUUGGCAGCGUCUAUUGGACCCCAGGGCCCUGCGUACAUGAUUGGUUACUUACUCUUCUCUGGACUCGUACUUACAAGGCUACGUCGACCUGUGGGCAGAAUGACGGUCGAAGAACAACGCCUGGAGGGGGAAUUCCGCUACGUCAACUCUCGUCUGAUCACAAACAGUGAAGAGGUGGCCUUCUAUCAAGGCAACAAGAGGGAACGUCUGAACAUCUACCAUGCCUUCAACAAACUGGUAAGCCACUUGAGGAAUUUCAUCUUCUUCCGUUUCUCCAUGGGAUUUGUGGACAACAUCAUCGCCAAGUACUUUGCUACAGUGGUAGGCUACCUCGUGGUCAGCCGCCCUUUCCUCAACUUGAACCAUGCCCCCUUCAAGGGCAAGAGUCAUUCAUUCAUGAUGCAGACGUACUACAAGGCUGGCUACAUGAUAUUACGCAUGUCGCAAGCUAUUGGGCGCAUUGUCCUAGCGGGCCGUGAAAUGACCCGGCUAGCUGGGUUCACCCAGCGAGUAACAGAGCUGAUGACCGUUCUGAAGGAGCUGAACAUGGGCCGCUAUGAACGGACGAUGGUGCGAGAGGGCAAAGCAGACUCUGACAGUGAGGAUGACCGAGAGCCACUGGUACCCGGCAGCGGUAAACUGGUCCUGCAGGAUCAUAUCAUUGAGUUCAAGCAGGUUCCUCUGGUCACCCCCAAUGGGGACGUCCUGGUCCGGGAGAUGACCUUUGAGGUCAAGUCUGGGAUGAACGUCCUGGUGUGCGGCCCCAAUGGCUGUGGCAAGAGCUCCCUGUUCCGGAUACUGGGAGAGCUGUGGCCAUUGUUUGGAGGCACUCUGAUCAAACCAGAUGCCAAGAAGCUCUUCUAUGUCCCUCAGCGACCUUACAUGACCCUUGGCACGCUGAGAGACCAGAUCAUAUAUCCGGACAGCAAAGAGGAUAUGAUCAGGAAAGGCAUCUCCGAUAAGGACCUGGAACAUUCCAUGGCACAGGUUCAGCUCAGCAACAUUUUAGAGCGGGAAGGAGGUUGGGACGCCGUGCAGGACUGGAUGGACGUACUCAGCGGAGGAGAAAAGCAGAGAGUGGCUAUGGCUCGUUUGUUCUACCAUAAGCCUCAGUUUGCUAUCUUAGACGAGUGCACCAGUGCCGUCAGUGUGGAUGUUGAAGGAUUCAUCUAUUCACAUGCCAGAGAGGUUGGCAUCACACUUUUCACUGUCUCUCAUAGGAAGUCACUGUGGAAACAUCAUGAGUAUUACUUGAUGUUUGACGGACGCGGUUCCUAUGAGUACAAGCCCAUCGACAAGGAAACCAUUGAGUUUGGGUCCUAAAAGCCGAGCUGGAACCUCAGUUGGAAAACAGCCAUAUUGGCGUCUGCUGAGAUGGAGACUCACGGUCCAGAAACUUGGCGGACUUAUGUCUGAUGACAGACAGGAAUUGAGGCAGAAACUCGUCCGGCAAGUGUAAAAUCCAUGGUGGUUAAUUUGUGCCAUGUGUGAGUGAAAUUUCAUUGAAAUGUUUAAGUAUGAAACAGAGUGACAUUUUGGCUGGACACGAGGUAUGUGCUCUGCCAAGGGCGCAGUCCAGCAAGGACUGCUUGUCAACCACGGGUCAAUUUUGCUUGGUACCCAGGAUACAUCUUGUGCACAGGUUACCAAAGAAUAUUGACCAGUGGUCAACAAAUAGGAACUUCUCAAACUUGUCCAAAUGUACAGGGGUGAAAUUGGUGUAAUGAACAGAUGACUACUAGAAUAAAGUAAUCAACAGAUAUAUGGACAACCUUGGCUAAAUUAUGAUUGUUAAAUGUUAGUUGGCAAAGGUGGAACAAGAGCCAAAUUUGGGGGGUGGUGUAGAAUUUUUUGUGGUGGGGUUUAUAUUUACAUAAACCCAUUUACGUUCUUUUUAUGGGAGAGGGCAAAUUGUAGGGCUUCUGACGCACUUUGGGAAGGAAAGUCCCUCAAAAUCACUUUUUGCCUGUAAUCUAUAACAGGUUUGCCCAUACACCAAAGUAUAUAAUCACACUAUUCUCAGUGUGGUCCGAUAGUUGUGAACAAACCAUGUGCUUUCACGGGUUGGAGUCAAACCCAUGACAUCCAGCUUACUAGAGCAGACAUCAUCACCACUGGACCCCCCGAGUCUGCCGGAAUCGGGUGGCUGGCUCAAAUCCAAUGCAGCAGCAUGAAGCACAUCAGUCCAUGUUAAUUUAGCUUUUUGUCGGGGAUGUUCAUUGUAUUCCAGAUUCUUUGCCCUGACUCCGACAUAUACAUGUAUAUGCCAAGAAAAAAAAAUCGCUAGCGUGCUCAGUAUGCAGGAAGUCAUGGGUUGGAUUCCCAAGAAAUAUGAAGGAACUUUUCUGGAACUGCAAUGCAUGGGGGGGGGGAAUCUGGAAAGAGGGGUACUUUCUAAACGCUCAGUAUUUGCAGGUAUUGAUUACAAUACCCGAGAAUCAGUGCAAAGAGGUUUGGAAAAUUGGGCCAGUUUUGGAAGUUUGCAGAAAAAGGAGGAAUUUUUCCCAGUUUUGUUAUGGCAGGGAGUUAGCAGUCCUUUAAGAUCUCUCAAAGUGGUUGAUAUCUUUUGGUUUUGAGAACUGAAUUAAGCAGGUCUAUGAAGAAAAUCUUGGGUGUGAAUUUUGUUGGUCAUGGGGUAAUAACGGCAAAAAUUAGAAUGUUAAUGAAAACAUGUUAAUUUGUUAGGUUGUAGAUUUUACAACAUCGUUUUAUUUAGAGUGUUUUAUUUAUGUUUUAUAAGGCCAAUAACACAUGUAGGGAUAUUGUUGUGAUUGUAAAAUACAUGUACAUAGGUGGUACAAUGUAAGGGGGAAAAAAUCAGAUAUUGAAAAAAAAAAAUGAAUUUCUCUGUUUGAUAAAUGACAUUCAGGUAGUUUUAAGCAAAAUUGCUUUCUUGAAGAAUCCUCCCAGAUACUUUCAAAACCCACUAUGGAUUUUGGGAGGGAUAGACCUCUAUCGUGGGGCAGCCAUCUUGCAUUGAAACCAAUUUUAGGCUGAAAGGAGAGUCUGUUCCCUUUUAUCAGUAUGUGAAGUUGUAUUAAUAUUGCCAAUGCAUCUACAAGGAACAAGACAAAAAUGGCAGUCUCAUGACAUGGGUCUAUCAACAUGCCCCUAGUACUAGCACUGAUUUCUGGAAAUUUAAAAUUGAUGCCCUAGUAGUAAUUAAGCAACUGAAAUAAAUGAAGUGGAAUACAGGUAGACAGCACAUCCAAUUCCAAUUUACCACUACACUGAAAAAUGUCUUGUAUGAUCAAAUGAUGUAUUCUCCGUCUCAUAAAAAUUUGCUUUUAAUUAAAGAUGUCCAAAUGACAGCAUCUUGUGCCCUGGUGGGCGUGCUCUCUCUCAGAAAUAAACCAACAAAUACAUUUUCCUGACUUGUCAUUCUACCAAAGAAUUACUUAAUGGUAUCGCCGACAUUGCUCGUCUGCAUAAACAGCAACCAGUGUAUGGACAGGAGUGUGUUGAUUAUUCGAUAUUACAGCAUUUUGUAAAUUUACUCCAAAAUUAUAAUUGGAAAUGGUCGAAAUAAAGUUUUACCGGAGAUCUUA